GUUGGGUCGUGACCUGGUUUACCAUCCCAUUCGGGUUUGGGACUUCUCCAUAGAACAGAAUAUUACGCUACUCUGCCACUGUCUCAAGCUCUGGCGAGGGUUUGAGGAGACGCUGUUCUCUCUUUUCUGCUGCUAGCAACAGACGUACGCGCAUGGCGUCCGCCGCAGUUGAGAAGACCGAAGAAGAGCUCCGUAAAGAGAUCGAAGAACUCCAUCGCCAACAACGGGAGAUUACAGAGCGGCUUCGUGAUCCGAGGGGACUUCGAAGAGGGGGUUUAGCGGGUGGUGGUCCUCGAAAUUUUGCUGCCAAUGGAGCUCGGCAACGGGGCUUUGUUCGACCAGCUGAUAGGACUGGCUUAGAAGAUCAACCUCCACCGAAACGGCGUCUAUCUUCGGCCGUUGUCAAGGUGGAGGAUGGAGAGAUCAUUGAGGAUGUCGCUGUGACAAAGGAUUUCCAGAAGGAAUCAGUUCUGGAUGGCACUAUUGAGAAUGCUGCUGCUGCAAAUCAAGGUGAUAGAACAGCGUCCAAUUUGCAGCAGCCUAGUCAGUAUAGGGGAGAUGGCAAUAGAAGAGCCGUUAAGGAUUUUGAAGCUCCAGUUACAGAGCAUGUUCCAAGGGUUUUGCCAAAGGACGUGGACCCUAGCGUGGUCAAUAGGAAUAAGAGAAUGUUGGGUCAACUUUUGGGAACAUUAGAGAAAUUUAGGAAAGAAGACAUGCAACUGUCUGGAACAGAGGCAUACAUGCGGAGGUCAAAUUCUUUGCAAAGAGCUGAGCAAAGAGCGCGUGAAGAAAGUGAAAGGUUGAGGCAACAAGAGCGUGAACAAAUUGCGGAGAAACGGAGACGAGAUCUGACACUCAGGGCACGUGUUGCUGCCAAGGCAGAAGAAAAGAAGUUGGAAUUGCUGUUUCUUCAGUGGAGUGAGCACCAUAAGAAACUAUGCAAUUAUCUAAGGACUAGGGCUGAGCCUCCUAUAUAUUACUCGUUUAGCAAACCAUUGGAGGAAGAUGCAACCUUGGUUGAGAAGCUGAGAGAACAGACAUUUUUAGAAUGGAAGGCUGCUAGGAGAGAGGAGCUGUCUGAAUAUCAGAAGCAGAUUGGAGAGCAUUAUAUUGCCAAUGUUGAGAAGGAGCUGGAGAGGUGGCAAAAUGCUAGGAAAUCAAGGACGGCAAACAAUGAUAUGUUGAACUUACAGGAAACUAUGGACAAAGAAUUGGAGAGCCAUAGGCUUGAACAUGGGCCGAAGACACGAAAGAUCCCUGGUGGGAGCAAUAAUAACGAAGAUGAGGAGGAUGUAGAAGACAUAAAUGUUGCCGAAGAUGACAUUAUGGAUGAUGUGCUAGGGGUUGAUGUGAAUGGGCGACAGGGUGAUGAAACUACAAAACCAAGUGCAGGUAAUGCAAGUACCCAUCUUGCUGAUGCUAUCGACCAGUCAUGAUUGAAGCCAUUCCAUUCAGGCUAUUCUCAUGCUAGGCCGUCUUCUGUAAUGUGUACUGGUCCCUUGCCUUUUGAUGGGGCAGUUUUAGGGCUUUUCCUCUCUCCCCUGUUAUAUCUUAAUGUUUUGCUUUGAUGAACUUUUAUCACUAUUCAUCUUCUUUUGAGGUCUUGCUUGUGCCUUAAUGGUCAGAUGAUCCUACUAUCAUUAGAGGUAAUUGGGUAUGGAUUUGUUUUGCCAUCCAACGAGUUUAUUUAAUAUGGCGGUGUUUGUAAUUAUUGCCCUAAAUAUUUUGUGACUUUUAUUUGGGAGUCUUGCGUGGCUCUUAAUUUUGGAGUAUUCUUUUUCUUU